CUUUACACUGUUAAUGGAGUGGCUAAUGUUUACAGUCUGAGGUGUAUAGCUACGCUGAUGUAAAACGUUCCCUCUUAAGAUAUUCAGCCGUUCUAGAUAAGAAGUUUCUGAGUGGUCGCCGUGAGCAUGGCGGACCGGGAGGAGCGACGCUUCGCCGAGGUUUCUCGGGACUCCGUCAAACUCAUGGCCGAGAGUUCAGGCGUGGAGCUCGGCGACGAUGUGGCCACACUGCUGGCGGAGGAUGUGUGUUACCGGCUGAGGGAGGCGACUCAGGUCGCUCAUCAGUUUAUGAGACAUGCCAAGAGGAGGAAGCUGACGGUGGAGGACUUCAACAGAGCUCUGCGCUGGAGCAACGUGGAGGCUGUAUGUGGCUACGGCGCCCAGGAUGCUCUUCCUUUCCGCUCAGCUAAAGAAGGAGAGCUUUUCUUCAUCGAGGACCGGGACAUCAACCUGGUGGAGCUGGCUCUGGCCACCAACAUUCCCAAAGGCUGUGCGGAGACCCUGGUGCGAGUAAAUGUGUCUUACCUGGAUGGGAAAGGAAACCUGGAGCCUCAGGGGACAGUUCCCUCAGCGGUGCAGACUCUAUCAGAGGACCUGUUGAAGUACUACCAGCAGAUCACACGGGCCAUCCUGGGCGAGGACCCCCACCUCAUGAAGGUGGCUCUGCUGGACCUCCAGUCCAACUCCAAGAUCGCCGCCCUCCUGCCAUUUGUUUACGUCAUCAGUGGGGUGAAGUCGGUGAGCCACGACCUGGAGCAGCUGAACCGGCUCCUCCACAUGGUGAAGAGCCUGGUCCAGAACCCCAACCUGUACCUGGGCUCGUACGUGCGCAGCCUGGUGUCCAGCGUCAUGUACUGCAUCCUGGAGCCCCUCGCCGCCUCCAUCAACCCGCUCAACGACCACUGGACCCUCCGGGACUACGCCGCGCUGCUGCUCAGCCACAUCUUCUGGACUCACGGUGACCUGGUGAGCGGUCUGUACCAUCAGAUCCUCCUGUCCCUGCAGAAGGUUCUGUCGGACCCGGUGCGGCCCCUCUGCUCCCACUACGGGGCCGUGGUGGGGCUCCACGCUCUGGGCUGGAAGGCUGUAGAGAGGGUGCUGUUCCCUCACCUCCCUGCGUACUGGGCCAACCUGCAGGCGGUGCUGGACGAUUACUCUGUGUCCAACGCACAGGUCAAAGCCGACGGACACAAGGUGUACGGAGCCAUCCUGGUGGCGGUGGAGCGGCUGCUGAAGAUGAAGGCUCUGUCUCUGAGUCAGCCUGCAGAGGGGGGGUCUGGGGGUCCACAGGUCUCUGUGGGGGGUGCCAUGGGGUACAGGAUGAGCUCCCCUGGCCUCAGCCCCCCCCCAGAGCCUCUGUCAGACGCCGCCUGGGCAUCGCCAGCCACCUGCAGGCGGGGGGGGGCCGGUUGCCCCUGGGAGGAGUGGACCCCCGUCCCCCUGCCCGCCAUGUACUCCGAGCUGUACUCCUUCUUCGGGGACAGCCUGGCGGUCCGGUUCAGCACGGGGCCCGGGUGGGGCAGCCCCCCCUGCACCCUGUCUCAGCACAGUGACACCAAGAAGGAGCCUGCUGGCCCCGCCUCCAACCCAGACACCACCCGAAAGAUGCCCCAGCUGACGGCCAACCUCAACAUCAGCCCCAGGCAGGACGGGAGCCCUCGCACCGACCCCCCCCCACCCAGCCUGGCAGCCACCGGACCAGGAAGGUCCCUGGCUCGCUCCUCUUCCUCCUCCUCUUCCUCCUCGGUGCAGCGCUCCAGAUCCUCCUCGUCCCGUCCCGGCCAGCGUUCAGCCGGUCUGUCCCGAGACGUUUUUCCCCAAAGCUCGCUUCACCCCCCUCCCACAGGACUGCCGGUGUUCACCUUGAUUGGCGGGCGGCAGAUGGGCCGGCGCUAGGGCCGCCGCCCCUUCCAGACCAACUUCGCCCCGCCCCCGCCUCUUCCUGCCGUCCCGCCACGUGCCUACGCCCACAAACUGCCCGUCAUCGGCAGGGUGGGCAAACCUGUCCGCCGGGGGGCCGGCUCCCAUUACUCCCUUCACCUGCCUCUCUAGAGGGGGGGGGGCAGAGAUGAGCUGGAGCACUAUUCAACACGCCUAGAAUCACUUUCUUUUUUUGAAAGGAUUCUGUUUUCUCAUCAAGAUGGAGAACAAUGUUUGGCCUGGAGGGUCUCUCCACCAACGUAUCCCACCUGACACAAACUGCAGACAUUCUCACCACGACAUUUUUCCAAACAAAUACGUGCAUCAUUUGAAACAUGCUUUAAUCACGUAAAUGAUGAGUGUUUAUUGAAGUUUUGAUAUACUGCAAAUCCGGAAAACCCCAAAAUGAAUAACAACUUUUCCAAUGUGACAUGAGUCAGCAUUUAAAUAAAACAUUGCAAACACAACAAAUAUGAAGCACUUCAGGUGGAUGAUCAGAUUAGUGCAAAUCGAAUUUAAGUAUGAAAACGUUAUUGUUUAUGUCCCAUUAACAAGUGGUCCACAUUGCUCUGUUUUUAGUUCCCCGCUUUUGUUUAUAUGUGACCUCAAAUUGGUGUAUUUCUUAAUGAGCGAUUAGAAAUGAUAUUAUAAUAUUAUUUUGGGAACACGAGAUCAAUAUAUAUUGUCACUUUUUCAGUUGAUAUUUGAAACUGUAACUAACAGUUAUUCUUAUUUUUUGAACCAAAAGUGAAAAUGUGCAAAAUAUGUUUAAAUAACAAUGAUAUAAAAAAAUGGAGCGAAGAGAAGCUGAUCCAGAGAUGUUUUGCUGUGUUUAAAUAACUCUUUCGGAAAAAACGUUUUUGUUUGUUUGUAUUGGUUAAUGUCGUCAUGUUGUUUGAGCACUAAAUCUUGUGAACGUACCCUUCUGCAGCACCACUAGACGUAAUGUGCUGAAGCUGGAGCUCAGACCCGAGUCAUGAACCCCACAAAGGACAGAGAACAAGCGAGAACAACAUGGAGUCAUAGUAAGAGUGCCAAUUUCUCCCGGAAGCCCUGAAACCUGAAAACAUGUAUUUAUACAGAGCUGUAGUUUUCACAGAAUAAACCUUUCUCUUAUUC